UCUCUUUUGCAUACACAUUCAGUUGACGCAGAUUUGUGCUAUGGGAAGAAAAACCUUGAAUUUUUCUUGUUUUGGGAAGUCGGGAAAAACAAAUGCUUAUGUUAUGUAACGAAUGUUAUUUGUUUAGUUAUAUAUAUCUGCUUAGCUUCUUUUAAUUAGAAUGAAUUCUUUGGAUUUCGACGACGUGGUCGAGGAGCUCGGCGAGUUGGGCCGCUACCAGAUACUUAUGUACACCUUAGCCUGCAUCCCUGUACUGUUCGGGGCUGCGAACAGCCUUACGUACGUUUUCACUGCCGGUGUUCCUAAUUAUCGGUGUCUUGUGCCCGAGUGUGAUAAUGUCACAAACCCGAUAUAUGCCUCACCCUGGAUAGAGUGGGCCAUUCCGAAUAAACACCAGUCGACUACUGCACAAUACUACGAGGCGGAGUAUUGCGAGCGGUACAUCAGGAACACUACCGACAUUGGUAUUGGUUGUUUCCCCCAGACAUUUACAAAUCGGACUGAACGUUGUCACGAAUGGGUGUUCGACGAUGAGAGGACAAUUGUCAAUGAUUGGAAUAUUACGUGCCUGGAAAAUCAGUGGAUGCUGUCUUUAGUCGGUACUUGCCAUUUUGCAGGAAUUAUUAUUGGAUCGGGUGCUUUUGGAGCUUUGGCUGAUAGGUAUGGAAGAAAACUCAUGUUCAUACUAAGCAUCUUUCUCAUGAGUGUUUCGGGAAUAAUCCAGGUGUUCUCGAACGGAUAUGUAAUGUUCGCCAUCUUUAUUUUCAUUAACUCAAUCGGCACGGCGGGAAUUUUCCCUCUCGCUUUUAUUAUCGGCGUGGAAAUGGUCGGGAGAAAGAAGCGCGAGGUGACCGGCAUCAUACUAAAUUACUUUUAUUCCGUCGGCGAAGCUCUAAUAGCGUUAUUCGCCUGGGUGACUAAGGAUUGGGUACAGCUACAAUUGAUCGCAUCUGCGCCUGCCUUAAUUUUUCUUUGUUACUAUUGGAUUCUUCCAGAAUCGGCAAGGUGGCUGUUGGCGAAAAAUAGAAAGGUUGAAGCGAAAGCGGUCAUGUAUCGUGUCGCUGAGUGUAAUAAGGUCGUUUUAUCCGACCAUCUUAUGGAGAUUUUUGAAGAACCUCAGUUUAAGAUAGACAGCCUGGAAGAAGCUAAAAUUCUACCCGUAGUUAAAUGCAUGGCAAAAUCGAGAAAGCUAGUGUUUCGUUUCAGCAUCGUUUUCUUCAUAUGGGCAGUAAACGCCUUCGUAUAUUACGGCCUUUCGUUAAGUUCGACAAGUAUUGGCGGCGAUAAGUAUCUCAAUUUUGCUUUGGUGUCUCUGGUGGAAAUACCCGGAAACACUCUGGCGUGGGUGUGCAUUAAUAAAAUUGGAAGAAAAUGGUCUUUAGCUGGCUCGUUACUUAUUUCUGGCGUUACGUGUUGUUUAACGAUCUUUGUGCCUGCAGAUAUGCACUGGCUUGUGAUCGUCUUCUUUCUUAUCGGUAAGCUUGGAGUGACCUCUGCGUUUAGCGUUUCGUACGUGCAUACAUCGGAGAUGCUUCCCACAAUUAUUCGGAGUGGAGGUGUAGGACUCGCCUCAACAACAGCACGUGUUGGGGCUUUGGUCGCUCCAUUUGUACCAUUAUUGGGCCAAUAUGUGCCAUAUUUACCUAUGCUACUAUUGGGAGGAUUUGCUGUUGUAGCUGGACUGUUAGCUUUAAAACUGCCAGAAACACGAGGUGUCAAACUGCCGGAGAAGGUUAUUGACGCUCAACGAUUAUAAAGCCUUUAAUGUUGACUGUUACUGUUAUUGUAGUAUUUUUUUAUGUAGUGGUGUUUUUGUUCUCUUUUGUGAAUCUCUUGUUUUUGAGGGAUGAGGACUGAAUUGGAUACUUAAUAUGACAUUUUAUUAAUGCAAAGAUGAAUUAUAUAAAUUGAUUGUA